ACAUCGGAAAAGAAAAGAAACAAGCUAUAAACUAGAUAAGACGGUCGCAGCAGGAGGCCUUUCAACAAGCUUGCCGAUGACGACGCCUCCGCCUCCUCCUGACGAUGCUUGGAUUCGUUCUCAUCAACGCUUACUGCCCGAAUCUCAAUCGCUUCUCUCUUCCCAACGAUCAGUUAUAGCGGUUGCAAUUUCUAGAGUAAAUCAGUUCGACGCUGCACGGCUAGAUGUUGAAAUGUCUGCUAUGUUGAAGGAACAGUUGGUUAAGGUUUUCACUUUGGCCAAGCCAGGAAUGAUCUUUCAAUACGAACCAGAAUUAGAUGCGUUCCUUGAGUUUCUCAUUUGGAGAUUCUCUAUUUGGGUUGACAAACCUACCCCUGGCAAUGCUCUCAUGAAUCUUAGAUACAGAGAUGAACGAGUUGCUGCUCAAUUAUCCGGAAAAGUCAGAACAGGACUUGAAGGCCCAGGGCUUACUUCUCCUCAGAAGAUUUGGUACUGUGUUGCCUCUGUUGGUGGUCAGUACCUCUUCUCUCGGUUGCAGUCGUUUUCUGCUUUCCGAAGAUGGGGUGAUUCUGAGCAGAGACCAUUGGCUAGGCGACUUUGGACCCUCAUUCAACGAAUCGAAGGCAUCUAUAAAGCUGCUUCUUUUCUUAACCUCUUGUCAUUUCUUUAUACCGGAAAGUAUAGGAACCUCAUUGAAAAAGCUUUAAGAGCAAGGCUUGUCUAUAGGAGUCCCCAUAUGAACCGAUCUGUCAGCUUCGAGUACAUGAAUCGUCAACUUGUCUGGAAUGAAUUUUCGGAAAUGCUUUUGUUGCUUCUGCCGCUGCUCAACUCUUCAGCUAUAAAGAAUAUUCUUAGUCCAUUUGCCAAGGAAAGGUCCUCAAGCAAUAAAGAGGAUACAGUUGCUUGCCCCAUUUGCCAAGUGGAUCCUGCAACUCCGUUUAUUGCUCUGCCUUGCCAGCACAGGUACUGUUACUACUGUAUAAGGACCCGCUGCGCUUCAGCAGCAUCAUUCCGGUGUCUUAGAUGUAACGAGCCUGUGGUUGCCAUACGACGUGAAGGUGUUUCAAGUGGCAAAUGAGUGAGAAGAAUUACAGAUAUUUACUGAAGAAACCAAGUGUAACGAGCUAAGGCAAACAUCAGAAGAAACAUGAUUAGAAGGGGUGUUUGCAAACAGAGGCUAUACGAUAAAGGAACAACAUGUGAAGGAUAAGAGCUGCAAGAAACAAGUUUUAGGGAUAGGUAUAUUAAAAGUGUGUAAACCAUUAGAGCACCCACAUUAAUGAAUCCCCCCUUGGGGGUUCAUAGAAAUAAAAAAAAUAAUUUUUUUUUUAUUUUCGUUUACUUUU